UUGGUGUUUAUUUUCAGGACAGAGAUAACAGAUAAUGAUACAAAGGAAGAAAUUAAUCGUUAUGUACCAGCAGACCACAGACCGCGGGAGUCGAACACAUCGAGUUUCGGAGCUCUGGCCCAUCUUCUUAAAGCCUCUUUGAGUUCUGGAGUUUUAGCGAUGCCGGUGGCAUUCAAGAAUGCUGGACUUGUCACUGGCAUUAUUGGAACAAUAUUUGUUGGUCUGAUAUGCGUUCACGUAACUCAUAUAUUUGUAAAAACAUCACAAGCUCUAUGUGUAGAUAUUAAAAGACCAUGUUUAGGAUAUUCUGAAACUUGCUAUUCAGUUUUUAAAAAUGGCCCAAAAUCAGCCCAAAAAUUUGCCUCUUUGGCCAGAUUUCUAGCAGAUUGUUCCCUGGCUGUUACACAUUUAGGAGCUUGCUGUGUAUAUAUCGUGGUUGUUGCUGAGUGUUUUAAACAAGUUUCUGAUGAGUAUUGUGGUCCAUCCUGGUCAGUAUCGACAUUCUGUGCUCUGACCCUGAUAGUGUUAAUACCGCUCACACAAAUCACGAAACUAAAGUACUUAGUUCCAUUCUCAACAUUUGCUAAUUUUGUAUGGCUUACCUCUAUUUGUAUAUCAUUAUAUUAUUGUUUACGAAAAUCACAACCGCUUUCGAAAAGGAAUUUAUCUACAUCUUUCUCUGGAUUCGUUAACUUUAUAAGUACAAGUUUAUUUGCUAUGGAAGGCAUUGGAGUGGUUAUGCCUAUUGAAAAUGAAAUGUUGAAGCCGAAUCAGUUCCUUGGAUGUCCGGGAGUCUUAACAAUAGCUAUGAGUGCUGUGGUCGCUUUAUUUGCAUUUGUUGGAUUCACAGGAUAUUUAAGUUUCGGCGAAGACGUUAGGGGUAGUUUGACACUCAAUUUGCCUCAUGAUGAAAUUUUAGCACAAGUAGCGAAAAUUUUAGUUGCUUGUGUUAUGUUACUCUCCUACGCAUUAAUAUUCUACGUGCCUUUAGAAAUUCUGUGGAAGAGGAUUCAAAAUAAAUUUCAUGAAAAUAAUCAUAGGAUUUGUGUUGCUUGUAUAAGGUUGGCAGGUACAGUUUUCACCGUGGGCCUUGCUUGUGCGAUACCUAGACUAGAACUCUUUAUGGAGCUGGUCGGAGCCGUAUGUUUGUCGAUACUGGGUAUUACAUUUCCUGUUAUUAUUGAGACCGUUUUUCUUUGGGACAAAGAUAUGGGCAAAUGGAAAUGGAUUUUAUGGAAAAACACAUUUAUUUUACUAUUUUCGAUUUUGGUUUUAAUAUCUGGAAUAUCGUGUUCUAUUAAGACUUUGUUUGAAAAAUUGUGA